AUGGAGUUCACGGCGUCGCCGAAGCCACAGCUCUCCUCCCGGGCCAACGCCUUCUCCAUCGCCGCGCUCAUGUCGAGCGGCGGCUCCAAGGAGAAGGAGGCCACCGAGAACACCAUCAAGCCUCUGGAACAAUUUGUUGAGAAGUCAUCGUGUGCCCAGCCCCUGGGCGAACUGACCAGCCUGGAUGCUCACGGGGAGUUUGGUGGCGGGGGCAGCAGUAGCCCAUCCUCCUCCUCUCUGUGUACUGAGCCGCUGAUCCCCACCACCCCCAUCAUCCCCAGUGAGGAAAUGGCCAAAAUUGCCUGCAGCCUGGAGACCAAGGAGCUCUGGGACAAAUUCCACGAGCUGGGAACAGAGAUGAUCAUCACCAAGUCGGGCAGGAGGAUGUUUCCCACCAUCCGAGUGUCAUUUUCGGGUGUGGAUCCUGAGGCCAAGUACAUAGUCCUGAUGGACAUCGUACCCGUGGACAACAAGAGGUACCGCUAUGCCUACCACCGGUCCUCCUGGCUGGUGGCUGGCAAGGCAGACCCGCCGCUGCCGGCCAGGUUGUACGUACACCCAGACUCUCCUUUUACUGGUGAGCAGCUACUCAAACAGAUGGUGUCUUUUGAAAAGGUGAAACUCACCAACAAUGAACUGGAUCAGCAUGGCCAUAUAAUUUUGAACUCAAUGCACAAGUACCAGCCACGGGUGCACAUCAUUAAGAAGAAAGACCACACCGCCUCGUUGCUCAAUCUGAAGUCUGAAGAAUUCAGAACAUUCAUCUUCCCAGAGACCGUUUUCACAGCAGUCACUGCCUACCAGAAUCAACUGAUAACCAAGCUGAAAAUAGAUAGCAACCCUUUUGCCAAAGGAUUCCGGGACUCCUCCAGGCUCACUGACAUUGAGAGGGAAAGUGUGGAGAGCCUGAUCCAGAAGCAUUCCUAUGCCCGCUCACCCAUCCGUACCUAUGGAGGAGAAGAGGAUGUGCUGGGGGAUGAGGUUCAGACAACACAGAAUCGAGGGUCAGCCUUUACAACGUCUGAUAAUUUGUCUCUCAGCUCCUGGGUAUCAUCUUCAUCCAGUUUUCCUGGAUUUCAGCACCCCCAGUCCCUGACUGCACUUGGCACCAGCACAGCAUCCAUAGCAACACCCAUUCCUCAUCCUAUACAAGGUUCAUUGCCACCGUACAGCCGACUUGGGAUGCCUCUGACACCAUCAGCUAUUGCCAGCUCGAUGCAGGGGAGUGGCCCGACAUUCCCCUCAUUCCACAUGCCCCGGUACCAUCACUACUUUCAGCAGGGGCCCUAUGCUGCUAUCCAAGGACUGCGCCAUUCCUCUGCGGUGAUGACCCCGUUUGUAUGA